AAACAAUACAACAAAUUAAUGGAAAUUUUAAUAAAUAAAAUUGUUCAAAUCAAUAUUUGUUUAUUAUUAAAAUACCGAAUGUAAUACAUAAUAUUUAAGCUAAAAUCAAUUAUAUAAAUUUAGUCUUCCAACAGGAGUAAACAAUAAAAGUCAUACACAGCGGCCGUCUUUAUAGAAAGCUAUAAAAAGGAACAACAAUAAAAUAACCUAUUCGAUAAUGAAGGUUUUAUAUCAAAUUUUUAGCAUCCUGGUGAUAGCAACAGCUGUUGCCGUUACCAAUGCAGCUAAAUAUUUGGCAAAUAAACCUGACUAUUUGACACCCUGUUAUCUACAGGAUCCCAACUUUAACACCUGUUUUACCAAAAACUUUCAAGUGCUUUAUACCGAGUGGAAGGAUGGUAUACCCGGUUUCAAGGCGGCUGGUACAUUUGAUCCUCUCUAUGUAAAACGUAUUGUUAUUACACAAGAUGCCAAUAGUCAAUUGGCUUUAAAUGCUGAUCUUUCCAAUGUUGUUAUAACUGGUACCAGUAAAAUGGUCGCUCAAGAAAUCAAAUUCGAUAUAAAAUCAUUAAGUUAUUAUGUUAAAUUAUUAGCACCAAAAUUACGUCUUGAUUUCGAUUAUAAACUUAAUGGACGUAUUUUAAAUUUACCUUUAAAAAGCAGUGGCAAGGCUUUUAUGGAAGUUGAUAAUUUUGUAAUGAUUCUUAAACUACAAGUUAAACUACGUGAUGAACAUGGUUUCACCUUUACCGAUAUAGAAAAAUUACAUCUGGAUAUUAAAGAUGUUGGCGGUUUUCAUGUAUAUUUCGAUAAUCUUUUUAAUGGUCAAAAAGAUUUAGAGGACAGUAUAAAUGGUGUGUUCAAUGAGAAUUGGCGUGAAUUUUAUCAAAUUGAAAGACCCGCUAUAACAAAAUCCGUUCAAGAGAUUAUGAAAGAUCGUCUAUCAAAGGUAUUCAGUUAUGUGCCAGGCAAUUAUUUCAUUGCUGAUAUACCAACUGCUGCUCAAUAUAAUGGUUAACGAUAGUUAUUGUCGUGAAUACAUAUUUUAAGAAUGAAAAAUAAUAUAAAAGUGAAAUAUUAAAAUAAUAAUUUUCGUAAAGAAAUAUUAAUUACAGGUUAUCAACCUAAUAUUUUAUAGACAAUUAAGUAAGUCUGAUUAAUUGCUAUUAUUUGAAAAAUUCUUAAAACAAGUUUUAAGAAGAUAAUAUUAAACAGCUGGUCUUAUAGUAUCUCACUUUCUUAUUAGAUUUAGCCCAUAUUUAUAACUAUUAACCGCAGUCAAGGUUAAUUUUAAAGGUAAUAGAGUUCAUUUGAGUAUCUGAACAAUAUUUAAAAUGUAUAAUAAAAGUAAAUUAAUUAUUAUACAUUAUA